AUGGGAGAUCUUGCUCAUCUGGCUCGGCUUCAAGAUCGUGCAGCUCCCAGCGAUCCCUCGCACAUCAUUCCAGACUAUGAUACUCUGUGGUGGAUGGGGCACACCACAAUUCCGAACGAACCUUGGCGAUGGAAUUGGGUCAUGGAGUGUUGUGGAUUCCACUAUGAGCACUGGCUGGGUGGUGUUGAGGAUGAUGGUCUGAUUCUUCCAGAGACGGUGGAUCAAACCUCGAUCCCAUCUCUUAUGGGACUUCGGUGGAUUCGAGAAUGCUUGGUGACAUUGAUCAAAGAGCAGUGGGAGGGCAUCAGAGAUAAGAUGGGUGAGAUACAAAUGUACACUGGUAUCCUCACCCGAUUGCAGCAAGCCAGGGAGGAAGGUUGUAUCACUUCAGUACCCCACCAUGCAUAUACCAUAGACAUAUUCACAUUUAGAGAGUCACUGAGUCCCACAUAUGGAGUGAGCACUGAGGACCAACCCGUCAGCACUUCUUACCGAGAGCUGAGAGCCGAGGACUCUGGGUCCUGGAUCCCACUCCUCGGUACUGAUCACUGGCACUGA